AUGGCACAUAUCGUUUUCGUUCGGCGAUCUUUUCUAGUUAAUUGGGUUCGUCGAAUUUCCAAAACAAACUCAGCAAUCUCGUGGUGUCGUCUUCUCAGCUCACGCAUCGAGUCAUCUCAGUUAGGUGUAGCUUUUAGUGAUCUACACAUUGGUGUCCCUAAGGAAUCAUAUAUUGGAGAAAAACGCGUAGCAGUUACCCCUCAGACUACAAAUGCGUUUUCCAAACGAGGUUUCAAGGUUUUUGUUGAAUCUGGUGCUGGUGUAGAAUCUAAUUUCUUGGAUUCUGAGUAUACAAAGGCUGGAGCUAAAGUAAUCUCAGAUGGUGCAGAGAGUUUAUACCAGCAAAGUGACAUAAUCCUGAAAAUUCGUGCACCUUUUUUCACUUCCCCGUCCGCUCUACCAGAAGAUGAAGUCAGCUUGCUUAAGCCUAAUAGCACGUUAAUCAGUUUAGUAUACCCUGCAAAAAAUAAGUUUUUAAUUGAUAUACUAAGUAAGAAGAAUAUAAAUUUGUUAGCUCUGGAUUGUAUACCACGAAUAAGUCGUGCUCAGUCGUUCGAUGUUUUGUCCUCCAUGGCUAAUAUUGCUGGUUACAAGGGUGUAAUCGAGGCUGCUGGAGUGUUCAAUCGAUUUUUUGCAGGUCAGAUUACAGCGGCUGGUAGAAUUCCUCCUGCAAAAGUAUUAGUCAUUGGUGGUGGAGUAGCAGGUUUAUCAGCUGUUAGCACAGCGAAAAGUCUCGGUGCUAUUGUGCGUGCUUUCGAUACACGUGAAGCAGUACGAGAGCAGGUUGAAUCUUUCGGUGCAGAAUUUUUAACUGUGAAUAUACAAGAAUCAGGGGAAGGAACAGGUGGUUAUGCUAAGGAAAUGUCUCAAAAGUAUCUUGAAGCAGAGAUGGAACUAUUUGUGAAACAAGCAAAAGAAGUAGAUAUCAUCAUUACAAGCGCAUUAAUUCCUGGGAAACCAGCACCGAAACUUAUUACAAAGGCUAUGGUGGAAUCAAUGCGUCCAGGUUCCGUUAUCGUUGAUUUAGCUUCAGAAGCUGGAGGUAAUGUAGAGACAACGGUCCCUGGGAAAUUGAUAUAUCAUCAUGAUGUUGCUCAUAUUGGUUAUACUGAUUUACCUAGUCGACUUGCAGGCCAGUCAUCAACAUUAUUCGCUAAUAAUGUGGCUAAUUAUCUUUUAUCCAUGACUCCAUCUAGUGAUGUAAAAGAUCGGUUUCAUAUUAAUUUGGAGGAUGAUGUCAUUCGUGAUAGCAUUGUGUUACACAAUGGAAAACUUAUGUGGCCUCCACCUAGGCGAUCUCAACCACAACCUGUUAAACAGGAAUCAACCGUUAAACCUGUUAAUAGUGUUACACCUCAACCAAAUGAUUCAUCAUUGAUUUUAAAAAGUAAACUUCGUUCUACCUUCUCCACUUCCGUUGGUUUGAUUGGCUUAGUUGGUGUUGGUUUGUAUUCACCUUCUCCGGCAUUUACUACAAUGUUGACAACAUUUGGUCUUUCAAGUAUUGUAGGUUAUCAUACAGUUUGGGGUGUUACUUCAUCACUUCAUUCUCCUCUGAUGUCUGCUACUAAUGCUGUAUCAGGUAUUACAGCAGUUGGAGGGUUGCUCCUUAUGGGUGGUGGUUUGUAUCCGUCUUGCUUACCUGAAGGUUUGGCAGCUUCAGCAACUCUUUUAUCAGCUAUUAAUAUUGGUGGUGGUUUUGUUGUUACCCAAAGAAUGUUGGACAUGUUUAAACGUCCCACUGAUCCACCUGAAUAUAACUAUCUAUUCACAAUCCCAGCUGCUACAGUAUUGGCUGCCUAUGGCUAUGCUGUACUUACAAUGCCGCCAUCAACUCUAGCUGAUAUGCAUCAAACUACAUAUUUAGCCUCUUCAUUGUGUUGUAUCGGAGCUCUGACUGCUCUAUCAAGUCAAAAACGUUGUCGUGUUGGCAAUGCCAUUGGCAUGAUCGGUGUAACAAGCGGAAUAAUGGCUACGCUAGGACUUAUACAACCUAAUGCCGAAUUACUUAUUCAAAUGGCAGCUUGUCUAGCUGGUGGUUCACUGAUAGGCGCUAUUGCUGCUAAACGCAUACAAGUUACAGAUCUUCCACAGAUGGUAGCGUUAUUCCAUAGCCUGGUUGGUGCUGCUGCUGUUCUCACCUGUGUUGCAAAUUAUAUGGUUGAAGCUCCUCAUUCGUUAUUGGCUUCUGAUUCACACGGUGCACUACAAUUAAUGAAGACUGUGGCCUACUUAGGAACAUAUAUUGGUGGUAUUACACUAACUGGAUCAUUGAUAGCUUUUGGUAAACUACAAGGUUUAUUACACUCAGCUCCACUUUUAUUACCAAUGCGAAAUGCUCUGAAUGCUAGUUUAGCAACACUAUCUGUUGGAUGUCUUAUUGGCCUACUUUCACUUGGUCCUGAAGCAGUAGGACCUGGUCUUGCGCUACUUGUUGGUGGUGCUGGUGUAGCUGGUGGCAUAUCUGGUUUAACUUUAACAGCAGCUAUUGGAGGCGCAGAUAUGCCAGUUGUAAUUACAGUGUUGAAUAGUUAUUCUGGCUGGGCACUAUGUGCUGAAGGCUUUAUGCUAAAUAACAGUUUAAUGACUGUAGUCGGCGCAUUAAUCGGGUCAAGUGGUGCUAUUUUGUCAUAUAUUAUGUGCAAAGCAAUGAAUCGUUCACUGCCUAAUGUUAUAUUAGGCGGUUAUGGAACUAGCUCAUAUUCUGGUGGGAAAGCUAUGGCGAUUACUGGUACUCAUCGUGAAACGGAUGUGCCAACAGUUGCCAAUUACCUUGAAGACAGUAAACAAAUCAUCAUUACACCUGGUUAUGGUUUAUGUGUUGCGAAAGCCCAAUAUCCCUUAGCAGAGUUGGCCACAGAAUUAAGAAAACGAGGGAAACAUAUCCGCUUUGCUAUACACCCUGUUGCAGGCCGAAUGCCUGGACAGUUGAAUGUUUUAUUAGCUGAAGCUGGAGUUCCAUAUGAUAUUGUUUAUGAAAUGGAUGAAAUUAAUGCUGAUUUUCCUAAAACUGAUUUGGUUCUAGUGAUUGGAGCAAAUGAUACAGUUAAUUCAGCUGCUGAAGAAGAUCCGAACUCAGUGAUUGCUGGUAUGCCUGUCCUACGUGUUUGGUUAGCUAAAAAGGUUAUUGUCGUCAAACGUACAUUGGGUGUUGGUUAUGCUGCAGUGGAUAAUCCUGUAUUCUUUAAAGAUAAUACUGAUAUGCUGUUAGGCGAUGCCAAAGCUGUUUGUGAUGGUCUUUUAAGUAUAUUUAAAAGGCAAUGA